UACCAGCAAAACAAAAUUGACGUUUCGGUUAUAGGUCCACGUUACCUUGACUUUCAAAUAGUUUUUAAUGAAAUAAAUCCAAUUUCGCUUAAUGAUGAGGCGAUAUUGAUAAAAAAAAGCGAUGAUAGUAUUCAGUCAUGGACACCCUCUACAACCAAACCAACAAGCUGAUCCAACAAACCCAAUACAACUUUCAAUUAUUGGAAGGUAGCGGAAAAAAUGCGGUUGAAAUUGAGGCAGAUAUCCAAGAAAAGCUCGACACCAUUAACAGUAACUGUUCAAAACUGGACUUAUUCACGCUGAAGUUGCCUCUGGACCAAAGGCAAAACGCAAAAAUGCGUUGCGAUCAGUUAAAGUACGACAGCAGACACCUGCAGGCCGCGCUAGUAGCCUCGCAACAGAAGAGGGCGCGUAGAGAAGCAGCGCUCAGCGAAAGGGAGCAGCUGCUGAAUAGAAGAUUCGCCCCCAAUCCUGAUGUCACAGCCAUAAAUAUUGACUACGCUAUUCAGCAUCAGAAUUCUCUGCAGAAUGCCAACAGAGGAGUGGAUGAGAUGUUACAUACGGGGGCCAGUGCUUUGGAGUCUCUGCGCUCUUGUACUCUUUGCAGUUAG